AUGGGCCCAGAUGGUAACGGCACAAGUUCUUCUUCUUCAUCUCCAUCGGCUAUGGCGAGUGUUAAACGAGGCAGAGAUCCAGAAGAUGAAGUUUAUGUCGAUAAUCUUCACUCUCACAAGCGCUAUCUCAGCGAGAUUAUGGCGUCGAGUCUGAAUGGGCUGACGGUUGGAGAAUCUUUGUCUGAUAAUCUUAUGGAUUCUCCGGGGAGGUCCGAGAGCAUGAUGUCUAGUCUCAGGGGACAAAAGCCUCUGUCCGCUUACAUUGCAUCAUCUUCGCCCACAUCAUACCACUCGCACGCCUGUGCCACCUCAUCCGCCAUGUCGCCUCUGCCACGUCAGCGUGGGCCCGACUCCGAGGCCCGAUUCCCAUCCUCGCCCAGCGACAUAUGUCACACGGCUGACCUAAGGAAGGCUGCACUUUUGAGGUCUGUGCAGAUGAGGGCCCAACCCGCAAGCCCCGCCCAGUUUGAGGUUGAGGAGCCAAGCAUGAAUGUGAAAGGAGAUGAAUCUGGUGGUGGAUGA